AUGCAAAAAAAUAUGCUUCUGCCAAAGCCCCCAGAUCAAAGUGUGUACUAUUUAAGACAGUUAAACUGCUUUAAUCUGACGAUAGUUUCUGGAUGUUCUACUGGAAUCGAAACUUUACGCAAAGAAAAUGUAUCAAUUUACUCUUGGGACGAAUACGAAAUGAAAAAGUCUUUGAAUGAGAUAGCCUCUGCAGUAUUCAAAGAACUUAAGUGCAGAUCUAAAUCUGGUUACUUUGAAUAA